ACGUUUUGGUUUUGUUGGAAUUAUUUUUUCGUUACGAGAUACAUUCAACUCUUCUUUCUCUUACUGAGCACAUAACAACAUGACUAUCGGAUUCGACCAAGAUCUUCCCAAGGAUGUCUAUGAGUUCAACGAAAUGCGUCGCAAGUUCGUCUAUGAAAAGUCUGGCAUUGCCUCCUUGCUCAAGCCUGCCCCUGUGACGCAGCACUUGCCCUCUUAUGACACGGAAGGAACGCCCACUUUCAAACAGUAUGUUGGCUCUGGCAAACUCGAGGGUCGUCAUGCUUUGAUUACAGGCGCUGACAGUGGUAUCGGCCGAGCGAUUGCCACCCUGUUUGCUUUGGAAGGCUGUGCCGGUAUCACCAUUGUCUAUCGGGAUUCGCGCGAGGAUGCCGAUGCAAAGUACACCAAAGAUACCAUUGAAGCGCAGAGCAAGUGUCAGGUCCACUUAAUUGCCCGUGACAUUGGUUACGAACAUAACUGUCGCGAGAUUCUGGAUGCUCACUUGAACACGUUUGGCAGUAUUGACAUCUUGAUUAAUAAUGCCGCUGAACAGCACAAGGUGGAUAAGAUCGAGGAUCUCGUUGGUGAAACUAUGGAGCGCACAUUUAGAACCAAUGUGUUCGGACCGAUCUAUAUGACCAAGCACGCUGCCAAACACAUGAAGGCCGGUGCAUGUAUUGUUAACACUGCUUCCGUAGCAGCUUAUCGAGGCAUGGAUGUGCUUGUCGACUAUUCGGCCACCAAGGGCGCUGUUGUCGCCUACACGCGUGCGUUGUCGCAGCAAUUGGCACCUCGACAUAUCAGAGUGAACGCAGUUGCCCCGGGACCCGUGUGGACGCCCUUGAUUCCAAACACGUUCUCGCAAGAAGAAAUCCAAAACUUUGGUUCAUUCCCACCUUUCAAGCGCCCAGCCCAACCGGCCGAGAUUGCCGCUGCCUUUGUCUUCUUGGCAUCGGCCGACAGCUCUUACAUCAGUGGUCAAACCAUCCACCCCAACGGUGGUCAGACCCUUAACACAUAAAAAGAAUAAAAAGGAAAGAAAACGGCAGCCGGCGUAAAAACUAGUAUUGACUUGUUUGCUUGUAGUGCUGAAUUGUAUUACACAACACAUCCCAAAUUUUUACACUACUACAACAAUCUACAAACUACAUAGUAGAAACAACUUCAAACAUACAAAAUAAAGAUUCGUACUUUGUGACAAAUGAACCGAG